AUGGCAUCAACCGAAGGCCACGCAAAUUUCAUGAAGAUUUUCAAUGACGCCGAAUUCUCAGACGUCCUCGUUACAGUCACCAAAUCUAGGGAGGGAACAAAGUCAUACUAUCUUCGCCAAGCCAUUAUACGUACAUUAUCAAAGACUUUGGAUAGUCGCUGCAAAGCCACACCCUCUAAGUCGCGGUACAUUAGACUUUCAUUUGAUACCACCGAUCACGCUAUUAUGGAGAUAUUCUUUCGGUGGAUGUACGGUGAAAGGGAUUUACGAGAGAAGAACCUCAGCUUGUCAGAUCUUGCGGCUUUGAUGAAAGUUGCGCAAGAGUUCCAAGUUGACGAUUUGUGUGAUACGAUUAUACAGAAUGCUGUCGCAUUGGCGAUUUCAAAGAUCCAUAAGAAUCCAUCCACCCCGCAGUAUCGAGCUAACAACUGGAAUUCAUAUUGGAACGCAGUCGAAGUAAUGUGCGGCUCGCUUGGUGGAGGUGAUACUCACGACCUCGUCGUCCUUGAAGGGCUUAUCGCGAAGCUGCCGAUCAAUAGCAUUUUCUUGGAUGACAUCACGAACGAACGGCUCGCACAUGAAUCUGAUCUCGGAAACUUGGCGUUUCUCAUGAUUGGGGUGUUGAGAAAGGCCCUCGAAAAGACACUGUGCGAUGAUUGUCAAGAAAAAUCUGCGGAGAGCGUAAUAAAAUCUCAUCAUAGCUACUGUUCAAACUGCUUGAAAGUCUCAUAUUUUUCAGAGGCAAUACUACGAGCUGAAGGGUAA